GCCGGGGCUACUUCCGUUCUUAUAUAUAUAUAUUAGGCACAGAUCAGAACACAGCUGAUGAGAGAUUAGCUUACUUACACUGGUACUGCAUUUACAUAUAUAUGGCGGAAGAGGAAGCAAUUUGCAGCUCCGCUGCCGUCCCCCAGCCCCAGGCGUUGCCACUCCAAGACCGAGUGGCGAUCGUCACCGGCGGAUCUCGCGGGAUCGGCCGAGACAUCUGUCUCCACCUCGCCUCCCUCGGCGCCAAGCUCGUCAUCAACUACCACUCCAACUCCUCUCAAGCCUGUCUCCUCGCAGACCAGAUCAACGGCCGGGCCGGCGAGGCUUCUUCCCUAAAGCCGCAGGCCAUCACCGUGCAAGCGGACGUUUCCGACGCCGCCCAGGUGAAGUCCCUCUUUGACGCGGCGGAGUCAGCCUUCAACGCCCAGCCCCACAUCCUGGUCACCUCCGCAGGCAUCACCCAGCUCACCCGCUCCGCCCUCUUCGACACCAGCGUGGAGGAGUUCGACAGGGUGUUCGGAGUCAAUGCCAGGGGCAGCUUCCUCUGCCUGAAGGAGGGUGCCAGCCGGCUGAAGCGCGGCGGCGGGGGCCGGAUCAUAUGCGUGACGACGUCGCUGGUGGCUUCAUUGAAGCCCGGUUUGGGGACGUACACGGCGUCAAAGGCGGCGGUGGAGGCGAUGGUGAAGAUACUGGCGAAGGAGCUGAAGGGGACGCGGAUCACGGCCAACUGCGUGGCGCCGGGGCCGAUCGCGACGGAUAUGUUGAUGGAGGUGAUGAGUAGUGAAGCAGCGAUCCGGAAGCUGGUGGAAGAGUGCCCGCACGGCCGGGUCGGGCAGCCGGAGGACGUGGCUCCGAUGGUGGGGUUCUUGGCAACGGAUGGUGCAGAGUGGGUUAAUGGUCAGGUCAUUCGCGUCAACGGCGGCUACGUCUAAUUAGUAGGUAUAUAUAUAGAAGGAUGAUUCCUUCCUUCAUUUAUAUGGCAUGGAUAAUUGAUGCAGGUGUUGUACGCUACGCGAUUGAACUCUCUCUCUCUCUCUUUGGAUGGAUGGAUGGAUUGUGUGUUUUUCUUGA